AUGAGAAGAAUAAGGCAGUUAGAAGGGGUCGUCUCUCGGAGCUAUUCUUCUCAUCAAGGCUCGUUCCAAAAGCAGUUCAACCGCCAAAUCCGGCUAAAAACGGCGGUCGCUGCUGUCGCGGCCGGCGUUGGCUGUACAAUAGCAGCCUAUCAAGUUGUCACACCUGUGAGAUCUGUUUUGUUAGGUAAAGUUUAAUGAUAAAUAUCGAUUCAAAGUUUUGUUUAAGGUGAAGGGGAAACAGAGCAUCUCCAAGCGCAGACCAAUCAUAAAUUGACAAAACGAGAGCUUCGAUUUUUACAAUUUGCUUCGAUUGAACAUGACGACGUCAUUUAUAUGAGUCCAAUGGAUUUCAUCGAUUCUUUGACUCUUGACGCUCCCAGAGGUUGGUUUUUUGUUUUUAAUUGUUUUAUGAGUCGGAAUUUUCUCGCAUAUUUUUCUUUCAACGAUCUUGAAGGUCAACUGGUCCAUAUUAGUCCGUUUAAUUCGGUUUUCUUGUUUUUCGAAUCGCUCGCAAAUUCUUUUUGGUGAGACCACUUUUUUCUGGAUGUCGUAUGAAAACUUUGACCUGUUUAUCCAAUAAUAAAACGAUUCCAGAAAGAGUCUACCGUCGAGUGAUCAAAGAAAAAGACAUGAAGAACAUCCUCUCGAAGACGCCGCCAUUUCGACACGGAGGCAACCAUUUUUUCAGGAAUCUCGACCAAAAUGGGAUUAUUUCCUACUCGGAGUACAUUUUCCUUCUCACACUUCUUACAAGUUUUCCAAACCUUCGUUUCUUUUUAAUUUUUAUGUUCAAAGAAUCAAAAGCCGCAUUUAAAAUCGCGUUUUUGAUGUUCGACGAGGACGACAAUGGAAGUGUUGAACGGGACGAGUUUUUGCUGGUUAGUUUAAAGAAAAGUAUUGAAAAGAAACUACAAGAGGUGCAAUUUCGAUAAAUAUUACACGCAUUUUGCGUACCUGCCGGCUUAUAAUGUGAGGUGUUUCGAGGCGUAGAAAUUUGUUAUAACUGCAUGGCUUCAGAUCCAUUGGUAUUGAUUGAAUUUUUGCAAACGUUCGCUAAAUUUUUUUUUGGUUGUGUCAUUUCUUAAUUUAUUCUUAAUUCAGCAGAAUUUUUAAGUGUUCAUUUUACUAGCAGCUUUGAUAGAAGGGCUUUGUACAUUAAAAUACUUAUAAAGCUCAAUUUCCAUAAUAUUUCGAAUGAAGCCUUUUCACAUUCUCUCAUUGCAGUCUUUCAUUGCAAAUCUUUUAAAAAAUUAUUUGGAAAAGGGAGAAAAAGGAGAAAAAAGAGAAGCUAAAGGCACUUCUUUAGGACUUUUGGAAGUCUCUAAGAGAAUAUUGUCCAUUCUCAUGCAAUUUUUACAGCUUUUACUGAUUAGUUGAUUUUUUUCGGGUUUGCCAUUUUUUCCCCUAGAUGUUGUAGAUUCGUAACUUGACUUCCGCGUUGCGGUCGACGCGAAGAAUGGAUUCGACGCCGCCACCGAAUGCCCACGACGACGUAAGCCUCGAGUGACGUGCCCCUCUUCUGAAUGCGCCUCGUUCCCUUUCAGUCGUGUCAGAUCGACCCUUCCGACUAUCAGUUCGUCGUUUCUCGCUUCUCCGGCCGUCUUUUCUCCGGCGUUGACGCUUACUCCGUCAUGUUCGCUGUGAGCUGACCGAGUGUACGUGUCGAAUCGGCGUGGAAAUCGACGAUUCUGGAGUGGAAAACGGGCUCCUAUUCGUCGAUAUCCUCUUCCGAUUAUGUGCUAAACAGCUUUUCGAGAAAUAUUUCGAUUCAAAAUCCUUAUUUAUUAGAAGUAUUAGCAAAAAAGUUAUGUUGUUUUUCCAGAAAAGCUGUUUUCCACAGUCCCAACUUAUGUGGCCGUUCUUUUCUGUCGUCUUUUUGUGGUCGAAUGUGAAUGUCUCUAACACUUUUUUUUCCAAUUUCUGCUUUCGCUUUUCAUUUUUCUAUUGCACCUCAUGUUAAAAGAAUUUUUAAAUUACUCAAUUCGAAAAAAGAAACUUUUUUCAAGAGAUAAAAAAACUCGUAGCCUCUUUUCAGGUUUCAAAAAUGUUUGCCUCAAGGAUCGCGACCAUUUUUGGCACCCGUCUCGCUCCCGUUUGUUUCUUCUUUUCUUUCAGUUUUUCCACUUCUCGUUAUCUGGUCGUAAGCUUUUGCUAGUAGAAAUCUCCCUAAUAUUGUCUUACGUCUUCUGUUUUCUGUAUUAAUCAUCAAAAAAUUCGUCUUCUUCUUUCAACAGUUAUUUGAAAGACUUACUUGUUUGUUAUCUUGCAUGCCUGAAUCAUUCAGUGUUUCAAUGUCUAAAGCUUCAAGUUCAUCAUUCCCUAUUCAAAUUCAGAAAUCUGAAGAAGAGGUGAAAAAACAGGAUACGACUCUUCUUUUGCACCUUUUUGGGAUCCGUGGAAACUCGAAGCUGACGUUUAAUCAGUUUCAAGUGUAAGAUGGACAAAUCUGAACUCUUUUAAAAUACUUUUCAUAGUUUUUACGAGAACCUCCAAGAGGAGAUCAUGGAGAUUGAGUUUUUCGAGUUCGCUCGAGGGAAGAAUACGAUCUCUCCUGUGGAUUUUGCUCGGCUUGUUUUGAGGUUUGAGAAGUUUAGAAAAAAUCUUCAGCUCAAGUUUCUAGGUACACUAUUGUGAAUCAAGAGGACUACUACAAGUAUAUCAAUCGUGUACAAGAGAGGACAACUGCGGAGGAUAAGGUUCGUUUUUUUUGGCCAUUCAUCGUUGCUGCAGUUGAAUCUAAUUUCAGCUAUCAAUUUUUCAGGGAGUGACGCUAGAGCAGUGGGCUCGUUUCAGUCGUUUCCUCAACAAUUUGUCCGAAUUUUCGAGCGCCGUUCGGCUCUACGUUAAUAGCAACAUGCCUGUUUCGGAGCCGGAGUUUGCUCGAGCAGUUUCUUGCACAAUCGGUGGGUUUUCAGAAGGGUAUCGAAAUUAUGAAAAGGAAAAGAAAGUUUUUCUUGAAAGAAACUGAGUUCAUUGUUUUCCUUGUAACUAUAUUUUCAAAGUUUUAAAACUUCUCUUUUUCUUGUAAAUUGAAAAAAUCCUUUUCUCAGUAGACCAGGCUAAGUAAUUGAUAAAAACGAACAUCGAAAAGAAUAGUUUUAAAAUCCAGCUAGAAUCAAAUAAAUCCAGUGAGAAUCAGGUUUUCGCCAGGUAGAAACUUCAAACAGCGAAAAAUAAUUAACCUAUUAGUCCAAGAAAUUUAUCAACUAGUUCCAUUUGAAGGACAAGAACUUGACCCGGUGGUCGUUUCAAUGAUUUUCCGUAUCUUCGAUGAAAACGACGACGGAACUCUUUCCUAUCCCGAAUUCUUGGCUGUGAUGACCGACAGACUGCAUCGCGGUUUGAGGGUUAGUGUGAAUUUGCCGAUUCAAUCUUCUCAUAAAAGAGAAGGCGAAAUUUUAUAGUCAAUCCUUGUUCUUCGAAGGCAACGCACUCCUUUUUGAAAAUUCGAUUUUACAUGUUUUUUGACGAGAAUUGAAAGUUUCGAUCGUAAGCUGAAAAUAGGAUAGGACGAAGCUUUCGCAGAUUUAUAAAGAGAAGCAAAAUUUCAAAAAAAUUAUGUGCAAUUCACGAAACCCAUUACUUUUUGGAAGAAAAUGUUGAAAUACAUAAUUUUUGCAGGGACGGCUCGAAAAGCCUUGGAGCUGGCGUUCGUUCAAAUCGUGUGUUAUUAAUGAGCUUUCAAGAAAUUAG